CUGUGACCUGCGGGUUGUUUCGAUGCUGAGGGAGCGCGCUUUGGGGAACAGCGCCACUCAGCUCUACACAAAGCUGUGCGAGAGCCACAGCGAAGCCUGGAUGCGGCGCGCGAUGCAGUACCUUGGCGAGUGCGAGCACUUUCUGGCCUUGGGCACCGGCAGUUUCCACCACCACCAGCCAUGCCGCCGGUGCCCUCACCCGUCUGGCUGCUGACCGUGUACAGCAUGGACGUGCUGUCGCGGCUGGACGAGGUGGAGGCCAGGGUCACCUCUGUGUUUGGGUCCAUCUUGAAGAUGGACUCAACGAAGAAGGUGACCAAGAAGCUCGCCGGUGCCGCUGCCAACACGGCCGCCUGGGUUACCAAUGUAGAUAACAAGCAUGGGCAGGUCCUCAUGAGCGUGCUCACAAGCGCUGAGAGCGUGGACCUGCUGCUCCCCAUGGCGGUCGGGCUACAGGAGCGGUACCGACUCGCCGGGGUGCCUCCACCCCAGCUGAUGUACGUGGACCGGGACUGUUGCUCCAGCUUCGGCGGAUCAAAGACAGCUGCCUUGUUCGCCAACUGGGACCGACUGGUGGUUCGGCUGGACAUCUGGCACCUGAUGCGGCGGUUCGCAGCAGGUGUCACCACAGAGAGCCACCAGCUCUACGGUCCUUUCGGCGGUGAAAAAGGACACGACACCCUGGGCAUCCCCCUUUUGGACGGCAGCCGCAUACAGGCGAUCUGGCGAGAGCAGAGGCGUCACCUCCACUGCAUUCAAGAUCCACCCGCUGUACAGCUGUACACCGAGACCGGCAGGCUGACCAAGGGCAGCGUCAGUCUGCCGGUUUAUCGCUGCGCACGCGGUUCAACGUCGCUGGAGUCGUUCCACCUCCACAACAACCGGUUCAUUCCAGGAACAUCAGCAAACGCCCAUCAUUUCCAGGCGCUCCUGCUGGAUGGACUGGUGAGGUGGAACGAGAACUGCGCCGCAGCAGCAGUGGAGGGACGGGAGCAGCCUCUGCUCUCCUACAGUGGCCACCUGCAGCACUCCCUUAACCAGCUCAGCCAACGGGUGCUUGGUGUGAGUCUGGUUAAGGAUCACACCGCCCCAAGGGAGUACACAGGUGUGUAA